AGUGUGGGAGUGCUGGAUACACCUAGUCCACCUCAGAACUUAACUGUCAAGGAAAUCACCAAGAAUUCCAUCACUCUUACUUGGGAAUCACCUGCUUUAGAUAGUGGAGCUAAGAUAAAGCAUUACAUUGUAGAGAAGAGGGAGACCACAAGGAAGGCAUACUCUCCUGUUGUAACUUGCAACAAAAUGUCAUGGAAGGUAGAUCAACUUCAAGAGGGUUGCAGCUAUUUCUUCAGAGUUCUUGCUGAAACUGAACUGGGCAUUGGGUUACCAGCUGAAACUCCUGAGCCUAUCAAGAUUUCAGAGGUCCCAGAACCACCUGGCCGAAUAACCAUUGUGGAUGUUACAAGGAAGGUAUUUCUCUUGCCUGGGAGAAACCUAAUCAUGAUGGAGGCAGCAAGAUAAGCCACUAUGAAGUUGAGAUGCAAGUAAAGGACACUGACAAAUGGUCUUUGUGUGCUCAAAUAAAGGCACUUGAAACUCUAGUUACUAAUUUGCCUCAGGGUCAGGUAUACACAUUUAGGGUCAUUGCUGUUAAUGAUAAAGGUAAGAGUGAUCCCAGAAUCCUUGGCAGUUUUGUUGAAGCAAAGGACCUGGUCAUUCUACCUGCUGUCCUUCCCAGAUUCAGCACUUACAGUGUACAAAUUGGCUAUGAUCUCCAAAUAGAAGUUCCAAUUGCUGGACAUCCAAAGCCAACCAUCACCUGGACUAAAGAUGGUGCAGCUCUCAAACAGACCACAAGAGUGAAUGUUACAGACAGUGAACACCAUACCAUUCUCAACCUUAAAGAAGCAACAAAAGAUGAUGAUGGCAUGUACAACAUUUCUGUAGCCAAUUCUCUGGGACAGGCUGAUGCCAGUAUUGAAGUCAUAACAUUUGACAAACCUGGUCCACCAACAGGCCCAGUGAGGCUAGAGGAUAUCAGUAUAGAAAGUGUUACCCUGUCUUGGGACCCACCAGUGUACACUGGAGGUUGCCCAAUUUCAAAUUAUGUUGUUGAGAAGAGAGACACAACCACCACCAACUGGGUUACAGUGUCUGCUACAGUUGCAAGAACAACAUUAAAGGUCACAAAUCUGAAAACUGGUGCUGAAUAUCAAUUCAGAAUUUAUUCUGAAAACAGAUAUGGCAAAAGUCAUGCUAUUGAUUCAGAACCUGUUCUUGCCCAGUAUCCAUUCAAUGAGCCUGUACCUCCAGGUACUCCAUAUGUGUCAACAUAUACUAAAGAUUCCAUGACUGUGGAAUGGCACAAACCCAUCUCAGAUGGUGGCAGUGUUAUUCUUGGCUAUCAUCUUGAAAGAAAGGAGAAAAAUAGCAUUCUAUGGACAAAGGUUAACAAAAGCCUUUUCAAAGACACUAAAUUCAAAACAUCCCCAUUGGAAGAGGGUAUAGAGUAUGAGUUCAGAGUUUAUGCUGAGAACAUUGUUGGUAUUAGUCAAUGCAGCAAAGUUUCAGAGGGAUGUGUAGCAUGUGACCCUUGCUAUCCACCUGGGACACCUGUGGCCAUUGUUGUGACCAGACACUCAGUGAGAUUGCGCUGGACUCCUCCAGAGUAUGAUGGUGGCAGCAUGAUCACUGGAUAUGUUGUGGAGAAACAGAACCUUCCAGAUGGUCACUGGAUGAAGGCAAGUUUCACAAAUGUUAAAGAAACAGAAUUUUCUGUUGAAGAACUGGCAGAAGAUUCUAAAUAUGACUUCAGGGUAAUUGCCAAAAAUGCAGCUGGUACUAUCAGCAAACCGUCUGAGAGCACUGGGUCAAUCACAGCAAAGGAUGAGGUUGAACCACCAACAUGUGAAAUUGAUUCCAAGUUCAGCCAGAUCAUGGUUGUAAAUGCAGAUGACACAUUCACACUAGAAGCUGAUGUUCUAGGUAAACCAUUACCCACAAUUCAGUGGUUCAAGGGUGAUGUGGAAGUUGAAAUGUCUGCUAGAUGUGAAACCAAAAACUCAGACUUUAAAGCAGUACUUUUGGUUAAAGAUGCCAUUAGAAUUGAUGGAGGACAAUACACUCUCCGUCUAUCCAAUGAAGCUGGAACUGAAACUGUAUCAUACAAUGUGAAAGUUCUUGACAGACCAGGGCCUCCAAAAGGACCUUUAUUGUAUCUGGUGUAA